UAUUGUAGUACUUUUCCUCUUACGUAGUGUGAGAAUACUUGUGAAUGUUAACAUAUUUGUUGGAUUCAUGAAGAGAAAUUAUUACCCAUGGAUAACCGUGGUUACCCGAAACCCAAACGGAUAUAGGCAUGGUUUUGAUUUUCUACCUGUUUCGCAUGUAGGUAUGGGUAUGAGCAAAUUCGAACUAAUUUAAAUAGGUAACGGAUAUGCAGUUGCCACCUCGACCCGACCCGACCCAUUGUAAUCCUGACUGGGAUGCUAAAACUUCCCUGUUUGUACUUCUGGUAGACAGGCCAAUAAUUUGGUUUCAUGUACUUGUGAGGCCCUGCUGUUUGCUUCAGCAGGCAUCAUUCAUUGCUGGAUCUGAUGUUUCAUUUCCAACCCAAAUUGUACGAGUGGAAAGGCAAAGCUCAUGUGACGAAUUUAUCUACGGUGGAAUCAGCUGUUCCUGAGGAAGUGAGUCCAAAGAUGAAGCUGUAAAAAUUGUGACGAAUUUUCUCGUCAAAGAUUUUGAAUUUACCUGAGAACAAACACAUGUAAAAACUGAUGUAUUGCAUAUGUAGUCGUGUGUGACGAAUCCAUGAUUCGGCCAGAUCCUAGUCCAAUGUUUGAGAUUCUUAUAGGAUUUUUAUAGAGAUAUAAAAUUAUUAGGAUGCAGCACGAGAGAGUUUACUAAAGAAGUAACCGGAUUUCUGGAGUGUUUUAAAAGGGAGCGGAUAGGGUACAAAACUCCCGUCUGUAAAGUUCAGUUGUAUUAGAGUUCGGGUUGAAACCCGCUUUACUGUUUUGAGGGUUAAGUUUGGUUUGGAUUUAGCCAUAUCCAACACAUGAAACCCGCUUUACUGUUUUUGUAUGGAUAAACUCGUUGAAUUGAAUUUCAAUUUGGCAGAACCCUAUCUAACCCGACCUAUUAUGAUCCUAUGCUAUGUAGUAUAAUAUCAAUUAUUACCGGUUCUCAAUAGGAGAUGCAAUAAAUAUGAUGGAAUAUAUAGUCUUUUUCUAAUCAAAUCACGAGUGCAGUAGAACUAACACACUUUACCAUAUAUCUCCAACCUUGACCCAAACAAACAAAUUGUUCAUGAGUUGACAUAAAAACAACCAUUCACAAAGGUAAUAUUCUAUGGCCCAUUACUGAUGGCUCCAUCCCAACUGCUCCAUUAACUACCAAUUAAUUCAUUUAAUUACUAAAUUCUAGCCAAUUCCUUGUUCCUAGUCCAUUACCAUUUCCUACACGGCUACACCAAUCUAUAGUGAUGCCAAUGGGGUGGGGCGGGGCAGGUACCUCAAUUUCCAUGCCCCGCCCUAUGCUACUACAGGUCGGGCGGGUAAAACCCGCGCGGGUACGGGGCGGGGCGGGUCGACCCACUUUUACAUGUUGUUCAAAAAAAUACAAGUAAAUUUUACUUUUUACAAUAAAACGUAGGGGAAAACACUUUAAGAAUGAAAAAUAUUGAUAAUAGAAUGGAUAAUUGAGCCUAACAAGUUGAAAGAUCGACUCUAACUAGUUGAAGAAAAGUCAAAAUAGGAGAAAUAUGUAUAGAUAUUGUAAGAAAUUGAGAUAAAAUGAGUCUAGAACGGGGCGGGGCAGGGCGGAUCGAAAGUAGAUACCCAUGCCCCGCCCCACGCUACUGCGGGUCGGCUAAUACUCGCCCCAUCACAGGUCAGAUCGGGUAAUACCCGCGGGCGGGUUGAAAUUGCCAUCACUACCAAUCUAUAUAUAAACAUUGUCUCUCUUUAUUCCUCAAAUCCCCGCCAUCUCAUUCUCAACAAUUCCUCCCCACAAAUGGUGAACACGGUGGUCGUCACCCAAACCAUCCUCCGAUGCCUCCUCCGCCUAACCACGGGGAUCCAGCCCAAACAAGUCGAGCUCGAGCCCGGCACGGUCAUCAACAUCUGGGCCCCACCAAGCCCACCAACCACCUUCAAACCGGCCCUCGUCCUCAUCCACGGCUUCGGCUUCAACGGCAUCCUGACGUGGCCUCUCCAAAUCCCAUCCUUCGCCAGCCGCUACUCCGUCUACGUCCCGGACCUCCUCUUCUUCGGCGGCUCCUCCACCGACCGGCCGGACCGGACGCCGGCUUUCCAGGCCGUGUGCCUCGGCAGGGCCCUGCGGCGGCUCGGCGUGGAGCGGUGCACGGUGGUCGGGUUCAGCUACGGCGGGGCGGUCGGGUUCAAGAUGGGCGAGUUGUUCCCCGGGAUGGUCGAGUCGCUGGUUCUGACCGGGUCGGUCAUGGAGUUCACGGAGUCGGUUAGCAGGAAUGGGCUGGGCCGGAUCGGGUUCGACACGUGGGAGGAGUACAUGAUGCCGGAUUCUGUGGAGGGGUUUAGGAGGUUGCUGGAGCAUGCUUGUUAUAGUCCGCCGUGGUUGCCUGAUCGGUUCGUUAAAGACGCUUUGAAGGUUCUGUUCGAGCACAGGAAGGAGAGGGCUCAACUUCUCGAUGCAAUGUUCAUCCCUGACGACGACGUUUCCAAAGUGGGCAGCUACUGCGCUCAGGAGAUUAACUUCAUAUGGGGAGAAGACGACAAACUCGUAGACAUUCAAGAGGGAUAUAACCGAAUUAAGCUACUGAAUGGGAAAGCAAUCUUGAAGCCGAUAAAGAAAGCAGGGCAUCUGGUUCAGAUCGAGAGGCCAUGUGUUUACAAUCGGAUCCUGAAAGAUUUGCUCCUUUCUUUGCAUACUGAAAGUUGAACAUUUGGAGGUUGACUGCAAAUUUUGUGUUCAUUAGUUCAUGCUAUUGACAGAACAAUAUUGGUACUGUUAUCGAUGAGAACAUAAUUAACAUGCUAAAAGAUUUCUUCUGUAUGCGUGAUUGAAGUGAAUUGUUGAUUAUAUUAUUUUCUACAAGUAGCUUUUCCUCGAUCAAUUUGAGCUCCUUAUAAGCUUGGACCACCUCUUCAUAUUAUAGUCUUCAUGCUGGACAUAUGACAUUUUUUUAUCUCUUAGGACAAUAGUUCAAAUAAUAUAGUGCGAAGUUUAUGAGCCGCCUUGUUAAUUUUGCCGGAAUUCUGCUAGUUUUAGCGGGAAAUAAAUGGGAUACUUCUGCAUAAAAUUGUAUUAACUUUUUUAGCUAUCAUUUGGAUUUCGAUAACAUUAUCCUAUUUUCCACACGAUGACAAAAGGUUUGGAUACAUAGGUACAUCUGAUAUUGUAUCUUUAGAGAGUUCAAAUAUCUUGUGCAACGGGCUCUGAGCUGACAAAUACAUCGCUAAACCAAGA